AUGUACCCUGGCGAUGAACUUGGCCGUGGUGUAUCAAAGGGUGGUGGCAAAGGCGGUGUUGUGCGGGAUGCAGGAGGUUCAUUUGGCAAACGAGAGGCUGCACUGGAAGAAGAGUAUUUUCAUCGCAAGGACUUGGAACACAUCAAGGAGUUGAAGAAACAUCUCGUUGAGGAGGUCAGAUUCCAUGAGGAGCAAAUUGAGCGUCACAAGGAGGCUCUGCGCCGAAGUCUAGCGCAGUUAGAUGAGAUCGAUUAG